GCACAACGAGCCGCACUGCAUUGUGACGGUGCGUGUUGCUUCAUCUCGGUAUACUCGUCACCCCAUAUGGUAGAACACGUUUGCGGCUCGAGCACAUCUGAACCCGCAGCUGACCUGCGGCUGGCCGCUCCUCGCGCUCGGGAUGUUCGACAGCGUUCAUUCGUCGUCACCAGCUUGACGGAUCCAUGCCUUACAGAGUCUCACAUUUGACUUGCAUCUGUGUUAUCAAGUUGAGUUUCACGCGAGUCCUUCGGUCUCCUGCAGAAGUGUUAUGGCCAGCCGCUGUUGCACCUGUCGAUUUCCACCAAAAGCGAAAGAACUGUACGGCCGCGCAAACGAUAUCUGAUCGACUCGAUUGGGCAAGAACUUGACGUCACGUGCAGCACUCCGGCGACGCAACGAAUCUCUCUAGACUGGAUGUUUGCUAUGCUGCUGUUGUACAACGCAGAUGCUUUUCUAGGCUCGCGUUUGACAUGUCAGCUCCCCCACGGAGACUAUCGUACACGUGCGAUCCGUUUUCAACACGACCAACGCAUACGGGUCUAAUGUCGUACUCGAUCGACAAUAAGUGUUUACAGUGUGAUGAAUCGAUCUACUCUAUUGCAAUCUUCACACCAUUGUUGAUGCCACGAAGGGGACAAGCGUUAGAUGACUGACAGGCAUUCUUUUGGCUCCCGGCUAGACUCGCUGCUAGGUACGAACCUCACUCGGUAUUCAAGGAGGUGCAUGCGUGAGGGUUUUCUGGCUUGAGGCAUCUCACCAGAAGAGCCGAUUCUCGUGCCCAGUUGUGGGUCUGCAGAAACAACGAGGCACAACUUGUGCUUCGUGCGAGGGUGGGCGGGUUUGCACGAUUGGUUGUCCUAGGAAGUGGUACUCCAGAAGCAAG